GUGCCUCAGCCGCAGGGGCCCGACGUUGGAAUGCGAAACUACAAGUUUUAUAUCGAAAACAAAGAUUAACAGUCUUCACUGUACCAUUUGGAAUAUAUUGACCGGGCUCAUCGGUUUUCGGAUAUGGCCCAGGACGCGGGAAAUCCUCUUCAGAGAUGUAUCUUUAGGGGAUGAGACGACGUCGGGUGAUUUGGCAUUUGCAGCUUUGGGCUUGCUGAGGCUCGGUGCUGGCUCAGGAUGGCACAGGGAGGCUCUCAGCUGGACUACCACAUCCUGCAGGACCUCAAACAGCGUUUUCCUGAGAUCCCAGAGGGGGUGGUGUCUCAAUACCUUCUGCAGAACAAUAACAACCUGGAUCUCUGUUGCCACCUGCUGGCUCAAGAGAGUAAUAGAUACUUGUAUGGAGACUUCCACCACAGUCCAGAGGAGGGACGCCUCAGUCAAAACCAUAUGCUGCAUAUUAGCUUGGGCUUCCCAGGUUCGGAUGCAGGCAAGACAAAUGGAGCGGCAGUGGGAGUAGGUCGAUCCUUAGUGCACAGCACUAGUGACAGUCAUAUUGAGCCCCAGCGCCCAAGCUAUCCAGAACCUCUCUCAGCCCCUGCAAACAUGGCCCCGUCCCCAGGUUACAAUCCUUUUUUCAUGACUGAUCAAAGUCGCUCAGCUAGCACUCCUACACCUCCACCAACCAUGCCGGGUAUGUCUCCAACCUACUCCCCUGGCUCGCGGUACACUAUGAACCCAAUAACUGUCACACUUUCACAAAGUAUACCCAGUGUUCCACAGGCCCUGCAAGUUACUCCAGGUCCCUAUGGUAGCAAUAGCAACACCACACUAUAUAUGCGCCCUUCGCCUUCCCAGAGCCCCCAGCCAGCACCCUGGCCCUCUUCUGGGACACCGGUGUAUCCGCAUCAGCAGUCCCCCUACAGUACUCCCACAUAUGGUUCACCUUAUAGCUCCCCACAGCAUCAAGUCCAGCCGCAGCCUCAGCACCAGCAAUAUGCCUUUCUCCCUAUUAGUUCUCCAACACUUCCCAGCAUGCCCUACCAUCACCAGCAGCAACCCCAGCAGCAGCAGCCAGUUUACAGGCCCUAUCACACAAAAAGCUCCCUCAAGAACCAAAUUGAGAUUACCUUUGAGGGACCGCGCCCUCGCAGCAGCUCCCCUGUACAUAGUCCCCACCCUCAGGGAAGUAUUUACAUGGCCACCAGCCCAUCGCCAAGCUCCCCCUCAAGGGGCACUAGUAUGACUGGACCAGGGGCAGGUUCCUUCCAUCCUGGAAUGUACCUCCAGCACCAAGGUCCUGCAAGACCUCGACCUGCCUCCUCCCCACAGCCAGGGCAGUCACCAUACACUUUCAAGAUCAAAGUAUCUCCAGGAGGACAGGCACAGAAACCUUCUAGCUCACCUCCUGUGGGAGAGUCUCUUCUCAACCUGGUAGACCACGGGGAGCGCAACGCUACACCUGCACCCAUCCUGCCCAUCUCUGCUUUGCCAGGAACUGUUGCCAGUCAUUUUGAGCAACUACCACGACGUUCAAGCUCAGGCUCUGAUGACUAUGCCUAUACACAAGCACUUCUGCUUCACCAACAAGCCAGGAUGGAGCGUUUGAUGAAGGAGCUGCUGUUGGAGAAGCAGAAAUUGGAGCAGCUAAAGGCUGAUGUCAACAACAUGGAAUAUGAUGCCCUGCAGAGACGUUUUCGACGAGUCAACUCCACAAGUCUUAUUCCCAGACCUGAAGAAAUGACCCGAUUGCGAACUCUGAACAGAAAACUUCAGAUUGAUAUCGACUGCACCCUGAAGGAGAUAGAUCUACUGCCAUCUAGAGGGAAGUUUGACCCAAAAACAUUAAGCAACUUUUAUGCUAACAUUCAGCCCGGUCCAGUUGUGCCACCUAAGCUGGGUAAAAAAGAAGAGGAGCAGGACUCCAAACCAGUUGUGGUACCCCAGAGGGAUGAAGACUUUGAAGGUGCCCAGUGGAACUGUGAAAGCUGCACCUUCCUCAACCACCCUGCACUCAAUCGCUGUGAACAGUGCGAGAUGCCGCGCUACACCUGAACUUCGCAUUGCAUUCUACUUCCCGGCCCAGCACCGUUAAUCCUUGGAUAGUAAAAUACCCAGUUCUUCAGACUCUGCAGCUCAGAACAAAGUUUUGCCCAUGUCGAGGUUUACUCCUUGUUAAUCACUAUGUAAGUCUCUCCAGCCUGCUGAGGAAGAGCCACUACCCCUCUCUGCCCACCUGUCCUGGUCUCCUCUCCUCAACUACCCCUGUGCACUUUGAUCUUUCUUUUUCUACUCAUGGAUGAUGAUGAUGAUGUCUUUUCCAGGAUGGCUGGAAAUCCUCUCAUGGUGAAGGUGUUAGGACUGAUGUGCUGCCAGUCUAGCAGCAGAAAUGUAAAAGCGAUUUAAGGAUUAAGAAAUGGAGCUAUGAUUUACCUGGUGAACAUUCCGUGGAAAACAAUCGACUGCCUUGUUUCCAUAUAUGCACCCAUUCCUGAACUGAAAAUUGAGGCACUUCAACAUUAAAACAGGAAUUUCAACUCCCUCUGGUAGUGGAUCAAUGAAACCAUUGGUAUACAAGGUCUGAACAAUGCAAAAUGUAGACUGUACACUGUAUCUGGCUCUGUAUGGGAGCUCGUUUCACUGAAUGAAUGCUACAAAGACUUGCAUAUCAGUAUAAUUCUGAUACUUUUAUGCAUAUUGUGUAUUGCCUGUACUGUGUUUGGAAGAUGUUGAGUUCCUGUGCAAAUGCCUCAACUUGCUGUACUUAUAAAAUAAAGGAGCUGAUUCUAUGUGAUUUGACCAUGUAGAGCUGGUAUGUUUUUAAAGGGUCAUACAUCAAAUAACUCAAAA